GAUAUUUCUGGGAUGACAUGAAACGACCAUUUAAACAAAUUGUGUUGGAUUUACAGAAGGAAUUACUGAAAUACAAGCAAGAAGCGCGAAACUUACAAGGAAUAAAGGAUGCAUUGCAGCAGAGGUUAGCUCAGCAGGACGCUUCAGUUCUUCAGCUAAAGCAGGAGCUGCUGAGAGCAAAUAUGGACAAGGAGGAAUUGCACAACCUGAAUGUUGAUCUGCAGAGGAAGGUUGAAGAGCGGAACAGACUUCUGGGAGAAUACAAAAAGGAGCUGGGCCAGAAGGAUCGGCACGUACAGCAGCACCAGGCCAAGCUAGACGAAAUGCUCCGUCAGCUCUCCGAGGCCAGCUACCAGCAGGCAAAUUUGGAGCGGGAGCUGGAGCACAAGGAGGCCCUGCUGGCUCAGUGCAUGAAGAGAGAGACAGAAGAGGUGAUGGGCUACAGCAAUCACAGCACUCAGAGCAAUGGCUUCCUCCAGACAGCAGGAAAAGGAGCUGCUCCCACAGCCCACAGGGUGACGAACGACCUGCAGUUGGUGCGUGAUGCCCUCCGCAGCUUGCGGAACAGUUUCAGCGGCCACGACCCGCAGCACCACACCAUCGACAGCCUGGAACAAGGCAUCUCCAGCCUGGUGGAGAGAUUGCACCGCAUGGAGACACAGAAGAGGCAAGAGAGAAGGGCUCAAGGGAAGUCGCCCGCAAGCCGAGCAGCGAAUGAGUAUCGAGACUCCUGGCCUCCCAACUCCAAAUUGCCUCAUUCUCACAGCAUACCCACUGUGAGCAGCAGCGCCUACACCAAAGUGCUCUACUUCACGGACCGCUCACUCACACCUUUCAUGGUCAAUAUACCAAAGAGGUUAGGUGAGGUGACGCUGAAGGACUUCAAGGCAGCUAUCGAUCGGGAAGGAACCCACCGGUACCAUUUCAAAGCCCUGGAUCCAGAAUUUGGCACAGUCAAGGAGGAGGUCCUCCAUGAUGAUGACAUCAUUCCUGGUUGGGAGGGGAAAAUUGUAGCCUGGAUAGAAGAGGAUCAUGGGGAAAAUUAAUCAGACUCUUGGGUGUUAUUAUUGUGGGGACCCGUAACUGGCUGGAAUGCUCGGAGAUAAUGACCAAAAAGAGUGUGAGCUGGGACAUGUCCAAUUCAAGCUGCCAAAAGAGAGGACUUCUCUGCAACCAAUGGGUAAAACACUUUUGUGUGUGCGAGGAUGCCUGGCAUUUAACUUUCCAUGGCCAAAUGCAGACAGUGUUGUGAGACUGAAAUUGCAGAUUGGUGGGAAAGAAUCAUCUUGCUUUGUCCUGUCAACAAAACCCUGGAGGCCUUAUUGAUGUGUUUCUCCAUUCUCCUGGUUCCCCCACCCCCUGGAAUGCCUGCUGCUGUUUGUAGACUGCACAUUUCAACUCUGAUUUGACACAUUCAGUAUUAUAUGAACCUGCAACCAUAAGUUCUGCCCUCAUGGACCAGAAGAUGCUGCUAGAUUCUUCUUUUACCAGAAGAUGUGACCAACCAAAAUCCAUGCCCAGAUGAUUUGUGCUGAAGAGGCAGAGCUCCCUCCCGUGAACUUUGCAAGCUCUUGAUACAAAGAGCACCAGGAACUUGACAGUGAAAGAAGCUUGUGGAUUGUGCUAGGCACUACCAUAGCAAAGACCACCAGGUUGGCAACGUUGUCUUUCUUCCCAAGUGCAGGCUUCCAUUUCCUCGACUUGCUUCUGCUGUUUGCCCUCCAACUUGCAAUCAGGUCUGAGCUCUGUUGCCCUGGGAAGUUGGAACUCUUUGGUAACCAGGUGCUUACUUAACUGCCAAUGGAUUUUUGUUUUGGGGAAGGGAGCAGGAACCUUCCUAGCUUCCCCACAGGGGUGAUAAGGUACUUUUGCUUCUCCUUUUGCCAGUCCUUUCUCUACAGCCAUUACCAUCCCUGCCCUUUCCAUACAUCCAGUAAGGCCAACCGAAAAUCUAAUCUACUCUCCCAGGAAACAAGCAGGGAUGUUUCUUCAGGGAUGAAGUGACAGAGUCUGUUCGAUUGGUGUAUCUGUAUUCCUUCUUCUCACUUUCUCUGUGCAGGCAUCACCAUGUACUUGAUCUUCACUGAUUGACAAGGCCGUUAAGCAAAUAACCAAACUUCUAGGAUAGAUAUUGUGAGCAGCAGUACCCCAAUUCCCAGCAUGCUUUCGUCUCUGGCACCUAAUGGAGUAGGAAAUGGUCAGCUGGGAGAGCAUGUGCUAUGAGAUCCAUUAGGGUGUGUCUGCACUGCAAUAAAACAUCCAUGGUUGGCCCAUGUCAGCUGAGUCCAGCUCAUGAGGCUAUAAAUUUUCAGGAUAGAUGUUCAAGUUGGGCUGGAGCUUUGGGACCCUGCAAAGCAAGAGGGUCCUAGAAUCUAGGCACCAGCUCUAGCCCAAACAUCUACACUGCAAUUUUAUAGCCCUGCAACCUGAGCUCAAGUCAGCUGAUACAAGCCAACCAUGUGGUUUUUUCUUGCAGUAUAGACAUACACUUAGGGACCCAGGUUAUCUCACUGCAGUGCCAGGCCCUGCUCUCAUUGUCAGGCAGCCUGACUUCUGCAAAGCUGGCCACAGUCUGCAGCAGAUAGGCACUGUUGAUUGAAAAGGUCAAACAGCCUCUGUCUGUUCAUCUUUGAACAUGCCCCAUCAUUGAACUGCCUGCUUGUCUGAGUUGUGCGGGUGAGGCUGGGAGAACUUGGUUUUAUUAUUUUAUAUUAAUGUGACCUUUUGUAAACUUGUUCCUGUUUUUUGGAAUUAUUUUGUACCGGUUUACAUCAUUGUCUGAGGUGUAUAUUUUUAUACCAGUGCAAGUGCUUUCUGUAUAUUUCCACAAUACUGUGCUGUAGUUUACUCAUUUUCUAGAGAAUGUCAAUAUGUUUUAUACAGUCUCCUGUUAACACCACGCAAAGUGGGGUCCAUGGCUAGCUUUAUUUCACUACAAAGUACAACUAGUUCCUACUGUUUUUAUAUUUUGCCAGCUGUUUCUCAUAUAGACAGGAAUUACGUGUAGUUGUCUUAUCACUCCCACUAUUGCAGGAAGAGCUCAAAUACCUUUCUGACCCCAUUCCUGCACUGGUAGAACACGUGUUGGCUGUUAAGCCAUUAUUGAUCAGUUCUAUUUCAUCGGCUGAUUUACACACACUCUUUCUCAUCAUAAACAGCCAUCGAAACGUCAGCAUUUGGGAAAGUUCUUCAAUGGGAGAAAAGCAGUAUCAGUACUGAAAAGAAACAGAAGUUUUCUUCCUCCCUGGAAAUCACUGGUUUCUCUGUUGCAUGUGUUUUAGUGCAUUGCUAUAAGACAGCAUGGGGUUAUCAUACUAAAAUGCAUUAUUGUAUUUGAGUUGCAAUUUAUCUUGAAUGUCUUUUAAUUAAAGUUUUACUAGUCUGCUUAAUUUCAGUCAGAGUUGUGCGCUUUAGGUAGGACUUAUCCAUUUUAUGGAAACAAUUAAAACAGUAAUUUUUCAAAGGCCUCCAUGUAUCCAUCCUGUAUCCCUCUCUGCUUUUAAGAGAUGAGCAGUGUUUAAGAGUUGUCUUUGGUGACUCAAUGGCUGAGGUAAUUGCUAAUGCGAUAGAACUUCUCACCUCUAGGUCAUAGGUUUCAGUCCAGUCUCACUCAGUAGUGAUCCUGGUCACCACCUCAGCAAUGGCUGGUUGAUGGCCUAGGUGGAAUGAGUUGGGGAUCUGUCCUGUUCCUAGUGGUUCCCCAUCCCCAUACCCACUGUCACCACUGAAAUGCCUGUUGGCAAUCUCAGCAGAGGGACCAAGGACUGAAUCGGCCCUGGAGCCACUUACUGUCUUGUGUUCCCUUCAGGGCUGGAGCGAAGUACAUUUGGAGGCACAGAGAAGGAAACUUGCAUUGCCACUGCCCAUGCUUAUUCUGGGGAUAAAGAUUUCCUUCUGUAGCACUAUCAGCCAAGCACCCUUCAUCAGUGCUAAAACCACAUACAAACUAGAACAGAAACCUUGUUCCCUCUGUGAUAAUUACUGUUCUGAGUUCAGUGGCACCUUAUAGACUAACAGACGUUUUGGAGCAUGAGCUUUCGUGGGUGAAUACCCACUUCCUCAGAUGCAUGUAAUGGAAAACAUAGACAUACAGGAUGGAUGCAUGUUCUGAGUUCAAAUCCUUGAAAAGUAUUGGCAGCACUCUGCCCUCGGACAUGCACAUCCAACGCCCACAGAAGUCACUGCGACUUGUGUGAAAGAACCUGAGGACUAAAAUUGAAGGCCAUGGCCACGCCUUGUUCUCCUCCCGGGAUUGCUCCCCUAGGCUCUAACACAUGCACAACUCAGGUUCAGCUUUGUUCCUGCAAUGACAUGGCAGUUUUCUCUUGGCUUCCUGUCAUUGUAUGAAUGAGCAGAAAGGAGUAUGGGUUAGGUCAGGGAAAGUUAUUCACAAAAUAAAAGGGGACAAGACAAUCCUGGAAAAGAGUAGGUACACCGGGGCCAGAUUCUCCUUUCAUUUAUACCAGUUUUACUCUAGUGUAUCACCAUUGGCUUAAAUGGAUUUACUCCUGAUUUAGAGCAGGGCAUAUGGGAUCAGAAUCCGGCCUUGGACUUGGUUUACAUGUUUUCCUUUGAUUCUAUACAUGUCUAUUUCUGCCCUAUUUUCUGCAAAGCUACUUUUUGGUUUCCUUAUAAUUGUAACUUGAUUAUUUAACACACAUGCUAUAUGUAAAGUUAUAUUUUCCUAGAAACUCUAAAGAUUGCAUUCAUCACUUUUUAAAAGGACAAUUACUUUCAAUCUGCAGGUCCUCCAACAGAGUGAGAAAUGAGGUUUGUGUGUACAUCUAAGAGCUGUAUAUAUCUGACUGGAUGUACUUUGGAUUUAUGGACUAAAAAUCAUUUAAAUAAACUGUUUUCAUUUCAUUUGCAAAUGGAAUCU